AUGGGAGGCGGUCCAGACAAGGAACAUCUCGUGAUUGCCCUCGGCGAUCCCGAGCCCAAACAUCUCACGGCAUUAUUGAAGCAACAGUUUCCUGAUAUUGACAUCACAUACUACCAAGUGUCGAGAGCCGUCGGUGGUUUCAAGGAUAAUAAAACGCUAGGAAGUCAAAUACCCGAUGGGCAAAUCUGUCUUACCGGUCCUUCGGUCUCGGUGAUGGGAUCUGACCAGCAAGAUGUGGCCUUGUUUGUGCAUCUGAUGCGACCUGAGCCCCGAUGGAGCUUCAUUACAUUGUUGCUGAUCUUCCCUCCUCCCAUCUCAAGUCUCAAACUCAUCCAUCUAUUCUCCGCGGGCGUUGAUCACUGGACGGACCACCCGGUUGUCAAAGACAGCAACAUCACAAUCACGACGUCGAGUGGUAUCCACGGUCCGCCGAUCACGGAAUGGAUCAUCAUGACGACUCUUGUGGCCAGUCGGCACUACGCUGUCGAGUACGAGUGGCAGAAGGAGCGUCAUUGGGGCCAAGGGGAGAAGUUCCAGCUCGCGGGGACAGACUGGGUGGGUAAGACGGUCGGCAUAGCAGGGUACGGAAGUAUCGGGAGACAAGCCGCACGAGUAUUCGCGGCGCUCGGCGCCAACAUCCACGCAUACACCGCCUCGCCGCGGCCGACGCCCUCGUCGCGCAAAGACACGGGAUACUUCGUCCCCGGCACCGGCGACCCGGACGGCACCAUCCCGAGUGCAUGGUACAGCGGCACGUCGACGACGUCGCUGCACACCUUCCUCGCCUCGGGCCUGGACGCGCUCCUCGUCGCGCUGCCUCUGACCCCGGCGACGCGCCACGUGUUUGGCGCCGCGGAGUUCGACCUCCUCGGCUCGUCGGGCGGCUCGCCAAAGACCAAGGCCGCCGGAGCUGGAGCGGCGGCGAAACCGUUCUUGAUCAACAUCGCGCGGGGGCCCAUCCUGGAUCAACCUGCGCUCGUCGACGCGCUGAACGACGGCGUGCUGGGCGGUGCGGCGCUCGACGUCACGGACCCCGAGCCCCUGCCGAAGGACGACCCGCUGUGGUCGGCGAAGAACGUCAUCAUCACGCCGCACGUCAGUUCGUUGGGCAAGGAGUACCUCGACCGCGCUUUUGAUCUGUUUGUCACGAACUGGAAGAGGCACGAGAGGGGGGAGAAGAUGUUCAACGUCGUCGAUAGGAAGAAGGGAUAUUGA